UUCAAACUGAAGAGCCCAAAUUCCUUCUGGCGGGUCGGAUGGAGAACAAAUGCAAAAACACAAAUUUGUAACUUUAAAAAUUGCGCCAGCUGAGCUUGCGAAAUCGAGGGGACGGGGCAAUGAAAGUGAAAAUACUGCAUGGCACGCUGUUGCUUCAUGGACAUGGGAUGCUCAGGAUGAAACUUGCGGGAUAUGUAGGAUGGCUUUUGAUGGUUGCUGUCCUGAUUGUAAACUCCCUGGGGAUGAUUGCCCGCUAAUCUGGGGUGCUUGCAACCAUGCAUUUCAUCUUCAUUGCAUUCUAAAGUGGGUAAACUCACAAACUUCCCAGGCUCAUUGCCCCAUGUGUCGUCGAGAGUGGCAGUUUAAAGAAUGAGCUCAAAAUUGUUUGCACCUCUUUGGCGGUUUCUUUCUAUCAUGUCCCCAGCUCCUCACCACAAUUUCUCUUUAAAAAACGAGAAGAAUUCCAGGUUUCUUCUCUUCUGUUUAGGUAUUAUGUUAAUGAUACUGCAACAUUUUAGCAAGUAUAGCUAUCUUAUUUGCACUCAACCGCCGAGUAUUAGUUUUUUGGCCAGUCAUGGUUGGCAUAGAAGAAUGUGGGUGAUUGUAUAUUUAGUUCAGGAUUCCAAUAUCUUUUCCAUUUUCUUUCUUCCUUAAACUGUCUGAAACAUACCAUUCACAUCUCUCUGUGACUUAUGACAUGAGUAAGAGGCAAGUCAAUUUGAAGUAGGUUUGUCGGCCUAAACUAUUUCUAAGAUAGCCUUCCUUGACGUCAUGAUAAUGACUUCGAUUGA